CUCUUUGCACAAUGGAAUGAAUAUAAAUAGAUAUUUUUAAUGAUCAUCUGAUAUCCGUAUAACCAUGGCUACGACGUUUCCGGUGCGGAGGCAAAUCGCGGGAAAGAGGAGUCGAACGUCCCCCGCCAUGUUCCUUGUCCGCUGUGAAUACUGGGAUUAGUUAUCCCAAGUUUCUUACGGCGAUAACUCCGUUCAAUGAUGGAGAGCGAGGUUAUGUCCUAUGCGUCCAUCUUGGAACUCGUUUCGGGGUCUGAAACUGAAGACUCUGAUGCGGUUCAACAUGGAGAAAAGCAAAUGCAAGCCAUCAGCGUUCCUGGAAGACUCUAUCAGCCUUUGCGAGUGGUCUCUACAUCCAACCUUCCUUCCAAUGCCAUCCGUCCUUGUGGAGUCGCUGGAGGGCCAGGGCGCACUCUGGUCUUGGGGGUUCCCCCUCCUGGCUAUCAACAGAAUCAGCAGGACAAGGAAAAAGCAUUUGCAUUUGGGGAGCCAGCCAAUGAAAUGUCAAAAAGAUUGCUAUAUUUUGCUAAGCUUGGGUACACUGCAUUGCAUCUGGCAGCUCAAAAUGGCCAUGCAAGUGUUGUUGAGGUUCUUCUCAAGUCAGGUGUGAAUCGCAAUGUUACCAAUAAGAUGGAAAAGACACCCCUCCAUCUUGCUGCAACUGAAGGUCAUGCCAACAUUUGUGAAAUCCUCAUCAAACAAGGUGCUCUAGUCAAUUUAAAAGACAUGCUGCAAAUGACCCCUCUUCAUUGGGCUGUGGAUAGAAAUCACUAUGAAGUUGCAGAAUUGUUAUUGCGGUAUGGAGCUACAAUUCAAUGCAGCAAGUUUGGCAAGACUCCUCUGGACAUUGCUGCUGACCUUGGGAACCCAGCCAUGUUGGCUAUGUUAGAGACAGGUGCAAAAGCUGCUCCAGAUCCAGAACUAGAAUCUGAAAGGGAGCAGGCUGCUGCCAUCAAAAGCAUCUCCUCACUUGUUCCUAGUCUUUUAGACCAAGAAAUUAUUACAGUGAACAAAUCAGGGACAAAGCAGGCUACAUAUCAGAAGGUGCAAGAUUCCAGUCGAGGCAAGAAGGAGAUCCUCAGCCUGAUAUCAGAGAUGAAGACGUCAUCAACAAGCUCAGAUGCAUCUGCAUCUAGCGAAUCGCUGGAGUCUGAUUGCUCUCAGCAACCUAUGUGUUCACAGUCUUCUGAUGAUGAGGGAUUGAAGAUCCUGGAAGCUCAUGGAAUCACCCUUCUGCCUCAUGAUGACUCUAACAUUAUAAGCACUGCUUUGCAAGCUGGUCAAACCAUUGCCCUUUCUGAGGCAGGGAAGUUGGCUUUGAGCUUUUUAAACUCAGAGGAACAUAAGCCUAAAGAACCUGUCGAGAAGGUGAAGUCUCAGGUCAUCAAAGCACCCAUUGCCAAGAAGGCUGGGUCUCACAUCAUUCUCAAUACUAACUCAAUCAAAGCUAUGCAAGUUGGUGCAGUGCAAAAGCCAAUUGUCCUCUCCAAGCAGCAGUUGGCAAAGUUGUCCUCCUUGAAGAAGGUGCGAGUUGUUUGUGUCAAACCCAAGCAAUCCCUCCAGAUCAUCAAAUUGCAGGAGAAUCCACCCAGUCAGAUCAUGAAUGUGAUCUCAUCUAGAGAGUCCAAAGAUCCUUUAGCAUCGAUCAAAGCAACUCUCAAGCCUGGACUCUCGUGCUUCUUGUGAUCCUGAUGUCAUUCCAGAACUCAGUGUUAUUGUAUUUGCCAUUUCAGUGCCUGCUCAAGUUGCCCAGCAUGUUUAUUUUGUUUCCCACCGUUCACAUUGAAAUUGUUUGAAAUUCUGCAAAAUCUCACUCCUCUAUUCAUUUCCCCAUGUCUUUCAUUUUUUCCAUCAUGAAAUAUCUGCUGUUUACUCAUCCUCAAUUUCAGGAACACUGAAUGCCAUGUCAGUCCCCCAGGCUGGUGGAAUUCCAGUUAUUGUUGCAUUGUUCUGGGGUUUCAAAUGCUUGCGAGACCUGUGGACUAGGCUUUAUAUUCUGCUCAUCAUGCUCUUGAGUUUGCUAAGGUGAAUGAAAUGCCGUGCAC